AUGAAUCCUUGUUGUUCAGAAUUGCAAGAGCAACUUUUAACGCAACGACAAAUUAAUAGAGACCAAUCAAGAUUAAUUGAUGGCAAGCAACAAAUUAUUGAAGAUCAAGCAAGACUAACUAAAAGUCAACAACAACUAAUUGAUAUGAUGUAUGAAAAAAUUCAAACGUUGGAAAAUGAUAUUAGCAAACUUAAAGGAGAAGGAGGAGGAAAAUAUGAAUUUAAAGUAUUUCUUAGAAAUGUUAAACCAUCAUUAACUCCUAAAAUGUUGAAAAUUCAUCUUGAAAGAUCGUUUGGUCCUAUUCAUGAAAUUUCUCAACCAGAUCCAAAAUCUCCAUAUGCAUUCGCUUAUUUCAAGAAUCGUCAACAUUUUCUUCAAGCCCUCGAGAAAGGAAAUAUUAAUAUUGACGGAAUUAACGUCAAAAUUACAUCUGGACCGAAAAAAUAA